UCCUCGCCUGCGGGUCAGGGGUGAGAAGCGGUGCUGCAGAACGGACCCUGGUGAAUAACUUCCCUGAGUUCCACUCCCCGGUGGCGCGAGUUGGAAGAACCUAGGAAAACUGCUGUCAUCUGGUGUCAAGAUGUCCGGAAUUGGAAAUAAAAGAGCAGCUGGAGAGCCUGGCACAUCCAUGCCUCCGGAGAAGAAGACAGCUGUUGAAGAUUCAGGGACCACAGUGGAGACAAUUAAGCUCGGGGGUGUCUCUUCAACGGAGGAGCUAGACAUUCGAACACUGCAAACCAAAAAUCGCAAGCUGGCAGAGAUGCUGGAUCAGCGGCAGGCCAUUGAAGAUGAACUCCGUGAGCACAUUGAAAAACUGGAACGAAGACAGGCCACUGAUGAUGCCUCACUGCUGAUUGUCAACCGGUACUGGAGUCAGUUUGAUGAAAACAUCCGUAUCAUCCUUAAACGUUACGAUCUGGAGCAAGGUUUGGGAGAUCUCCUCACAGAAAGAAAAGCCCUUGUCGUGCCGGAACCAGAACCAGACUCCGAUAGCAAUCAGGAACGGAAAGAUGACCGAGAGAGAGGCGAGUGGCAAGAGCCAGCUUUCUCUUUCCUCGCUACCUUGGCCAGCAGUUCCAGUGAAGAAAUGGAAUCUCAGCUGCAGGAGCGUGUGGAGUCCUCCCGCCGAGCCGUGUCCCAGAUUGUGACUGUCUAUGAUAAAUUACAGGAAAAAGUAGAGCUCCUGUCGCGGAAGCUAAACAGCGGAGAUAAUCUGACAGUGGAGGAAGCGGUGCAGGAGCUGAAUUCCUUCCUUGCUCAAGAGAAUAUGAGGCUACAGGAAUUGACAGACCUCCUUCAGGAGAAGCAUCGCACCAUGUCUCAGGAGUUCUCCAAGUUGCAGAGUAAAGUGGAGACAGCUGAGUCACGAGUUUCUGUCCUGGAGUCCAUGAUCGAUGACCUGCAGUGGGAUAUUGACAAAAUCCGAAAGAGGGAACAGCGACUCAACCGACACUUAGCAGAAGUCCUAGAACGGGUGAAUUCGAAAGGUUAUAAGGUCUAUGGAGCGGGGAGCAGUCUCUAUGGUGGCACAAUCACUAUCAAUGCCCGGAAGUUUGAGGAAAUGAAUGCAGAGCUUGAGGAGAACAAAGAGUUGGCUCAGAACCGUCACUGUGAGCUGGAGAAACUUCGGCAAGACUUCGAGGAGGUCACUACACAAAAUGAAAAGCUGAAGGUGGAAUUGCGGAGUGCGGUGGAAGAGGCGGUUAAGGAGACUCCGGAAUACCGCUGUAUGCAGUCACAGUUCUCCGUCCUGUACAACGAGAGCCUACAGUUGAAAGCGCACUUGGACGAGGCCCGGACUCUGCUGCAUGGCACCAGGGGGACCCACCAGCGCCAAGUUGAGCUCAUCGAGCGAGAUGAGGUUAGUCUUCAUAAGAAGCUGAGGACCGAAGUGAUCCAGCUGGAAGAUACUCUGGCCCAAGUCCGCAAGGAGUAUGAAAUGCUGAGGAUAGAGUUUGAGCAGACCCUUGCUGCCAACGAACAAGCAGGCCCCAUAAACCGGGAGAUGCGCCACCUCAUCAGUAGCCUCCAGAAUCACAAUCACCAGCUGAAAGGGGAGGUCCUAAGGUAUAAGCGGAAGUUGAGAGAAGCCCAGUCUGACCUGAACAAGACGCGCCUGCGCAGCGGCAGUGCCCUCCUGCAGUCUCAGUCUAGUACUGAGGACCCGAAGGACGAGCCCACGGAGCUGAAGCAAGAUCCUGAGGACUUAUCUGCCCAGUCCUCUGCAUCAAAGGCAUCUCAGGAGGAAGUCAACGAAAUUAAGUCCAAACGGGAUGAGGAAGAGCGAGAACGAGAAAGGAGGGAGAAAGAGAGGGAGCGAGAAAGAGAGCGGGAGAAGGAAAAGGAGAGAGAACGAGAGAAGCAGAAACUGAAAGAGUCAGAAAAAGAAAGAGACUCUGCUAAGGACAAAGAGAAAGGGAAACAUGAUGAUGGAAGGAAAAAGGAAGCAGAAGUUAUCAAACAAUUGAAGAUUGAACUCAAGAAGGCACAGGAGAGCCAAAAGGAGAUGAAACUAUUGCUAGAUAUGUACCGCUCUGCCCCAAAGGAACAGAGAGACAAAGUUCAGCUAAUGGCAGCUGAGAAGAAGUCUAAGGCGGAGUUGGAAGACCUGAGGCAAAGACUCCGGGAUCUAGAGGAUAAGGAGAGAAAGGAGAAUAAGAAGAUGGCUGAUGAGGAUGCCUUGAGGAAGAUCCGGGCAGUGGAGGAGCAGAUAGAGUACCUGCAGAAGAAGCUGGCCAUGGCCAAGCAGGAGGAAGAGGCUCUCCUCUCUGAGAUGGAUGUUACAGGCCAGGCCUUUGAAGACAUGCAGGAGCAGAAUAUCCGUUUAAUGCAGCAGUUGCGGGAGAAGGAUGAUGCAAAUUUCAAGCUCAUGUCAGAACGUAUUAAGUCCAAUCAGAUCCACAAGUUACUUAAAGAAGAGAAGGAGGAGCUGGCUGACCAGGUUUUGACUUUAAAGACUCAGGUUGAUGCUCAGUUACAGGUAGUAAGGAAAUUGGAAGAGAAGGAGCAUCUGUUACAAAGCAACAUUGGCACAGGGGAGAAGGAACUGGGUCUUAGGACUCAAGCCUUAGAGAUGAAUAAACGCAAGGCGAUGGAGGCAGCCCAGCUUGCAGAUGACCUCAAAACACAACUGGAAUUGGCUCAGAAGAAGCUACAUGAUUUUCAGGAUGAGAUUGUGGAGAACAGUGUCACCAAAGAAAAGGACAUGUUCAAUUUCAAACGAGCCCAGGAGGACAUCUCUAGACUUCGAAGGAAGCUGGAGACCACAAAGAAACCAGACAAUGUACCCAAAUGUGAUGAGAUCCUGAUGGAGGAGAUUAAGGAUUACAAGGCACGCCUGACCUGUCCAUGUUGCAACAUGCGUAAAAAGGAUGCCGUACUUACCAAGUGUUUUCACGUGUUUUGCUUUGAGUGUGUGAAGACACGCUAUGACACCCGUCAGCGCAAAUGUCCCAAGUGUAACGCUGCAUUUGGUGCCAAUGAUUUCCAUCGCAUCUACAUUGGUUGAGCCAAGCCAAGAGAAGAAGAGGGAAUGGCUAGACAGGCACCUAUUCAGUAACCAUCAAACCUCUACCUCUUCUCACCUUGACUGUCACCUACGGGCAGUUUAUCUGUCAACUACCUUUCCUUUGCAGACUGUACGUCCAGGUUCUCCUCCCUAAUAGCUACAUGACUUCAGGGAAAAGGACUGGUAAAGGCAAGUCUUGGGUUUUAGAUGAAUUAGAAACAAACCUCUUAUUUGUCUUCCCCACCAGCUUGUUUCUUUCCUUUUAGAUUUUUUCAGCAUUUUCUUCUUCAGGCUUAACUGCAUAAAUAAUCGUGGAUUGUGCAUUCCUCCUGAAGAAGCAAGUUGGUACUCUUGACAUGGAGAAGGGAACAAAGAAGAGUGGAGACACAUGGCUAUUUUGGGGAGUGAGGGCGAUCUUUUAGAAAUAAGCUAUCCGUGGGCACAAACAUUUCUUGAUUUGGGUAGUAAACUUUUUGUAGACUCGGAUUAUAAAAUGGUAUAAUUGUGCUUUUUCCUGGAUGGUUUGAAGCCUUAAUGAAAUUAUGUCCAGGAUGAUUUAGUUCAUUUCCUAUUCACUAACAAAGUAACUUGUUAAGGUCAGCUGGUUUCCAUGUUGAAGUUAUUUAAGUUUUGAAUGUUCUACUCAUUGAAAGGUCUUUAAAUUUCUUGAGGCCAGAAUAAUUUCAAAUGCAAUCGCCCCUUUUAUCUUAUAAUGAAAUCAAGAUUGGAGAGGAUGGGGAACAGGACUGAGAUGGUGAAGAGAUCUUCUGGGUACUCUGGGAACUUGAUUACAGGGAGGUCUUGGUGAGCCAUGAAUUACUCUCAUCUGCCUCUCUACAGGGAUUCUUGUGAUCCCUGUUCCCCAGAAGAUUCUCUGUAAUGUUUCUGUAGGACUUUAUACUCCAUAAGCUUCAAUUAAAGCAGGAUUCAAUUUGCUUUAGUGUUUGUGUUUUUCUUGGGCAGUAGGUGGUUUGGGUUUGGAUAUUGACUGUUUAUGACACUUGGCUAGGAAAGCUGGCCGCCCAGGAUUGGGGGACUGCAGCCUGUGGAACAUUGUGGAGGAAACCACUAGUCCCAUGGGAAGCUGGGUUUAGGGGAAGGUCCUUUAGCUGGGAAGAGCAGGGAGUGCCUAGUCCCAACUAGUUUGAAGUCCUGGCAACAUGGAGAGCUCUUAUAGUCAUUUUGAGAUAAUUAUCAAAAAUGGUGGUGGUUUUUGGACAGUCUGGCUUCUUUUUACAGACGAGGCCAAUGAAGGGACUUCAGGGAUACCCAUAAAUUGUAUACAAAAUUUUGUUUGUGUUGUAUAUACAUUAUUCAUAGCUUUUUUCAGAUUCUCAAAGGAAUUUUGAAACUUCACAAAUCCCAAAGAAGUUCAGACUUACUGCUGUAGAUCCAUAAGGAACUUUUUAGACAAUUUCUUUAAUGCCUAAAUAGAAUGCCAAUUUCAAAGAUUAUUGGAGAAGUACUGGAGUCUUCUCUUUCUUUUUUCAGGUCUUAUGGGGGAUGGUCUCUUUUUUUUCUUGACUUUCCUUUGUUAUCUUGGAAAUUGUCUUGGUAAUUUGGACCAAAGUCUGGGUUGAUCUGCUUUAAGGCAUGUGUCUUUACAUCUUACCCUCUAACUUCUGUAGGGAUCUUUUUCAAAGGUGCUCAGCCAUUUCUGCUAGUUGUGGCAUUCGUACAUGAAUUUCAGUUGGGAUUCCUUAUUUUCUUAAUCUCAAUCCAGAUCCAAAGGCAUAUUUGUCCUUUGAGGGCCGUUCUGUGCACGUAGUACUCUAUGCGUGUCACUUGAGUAAUGAAUGUGAUUUGAUACUGUGGCGAUUCAAGGGGAGCUUCUGGACAAUAGAGAAGUGGUCAUCGGGCUUCUUUUAGACCUAACUGGGAUGGUGAUGCUCACUUCUUGAAGGAAGCUGUGUGCUGCUCUCAUCAGUUUCAUGGUCAUUUGCUGGUGUGGAAUGCCUUUAUGCUUUGGUUUUUAAUUUUGUUGAGGACUGUCGAUUGAUAGAUAAAGCCAAGUACCGGUGAGUCUGCAGAAAAAUUUCGACUACUUGUUAACCAUGAAGCCUGACUUGAGACAAUAAGACAGCUAUAUUGAGAGGAUGUAGACACUGGUGGGUGGUGUGCAUGUUGGAUUGGUUUACACAGUAGGAAACCCCUGGUGUAGAAGUAACCUCAACAUUUCCUGGAUCUGUAAUCGUCCCACCACAAAGAAAAAUUGAGCUUUACUUUCUGGAGGUUUCUGUCCAAGUUUGGUCUCUUCCUAAUGGUAGAUAUCAAGGUCUUAUUUGUAGCAUACUUCACAGAUACUAAAAUAAGGACAUGGAAAGAACAGUGUCUUAACGUAGUUCCCAGUCCCCAGCAGAGGGCCUGGCACACAGCACUCCAGGAAGGUCCACGUGGUAGGUUAAUUCAGCUCCUUGCUUCUGCUAACAGGUCCUCUGAAGUCUGCUGAAUUGGACCAAUGUGUAAUUCAAACCCUACUCACGUUUUUUCACCGUCCAAGUGGAAACAAUUUUUCCUCAUAUAUUGAAGUUACUCUUCAAAUUUGAUUUUCCUAAAAUAUAUUACUAUAUUUUAAAUUUCCUUUUGUAGUGAUAACAAAAGGAAUUAUUAUGAAUUCUAAAACUACUACCUCUGUUCAAGAUAACCCAUGAUAGCUAGGGUGUCUUUUGUAGGUUUAGUCUUGUUUUGAGGGAAAUCAUAGAUAAAGUUGGAAGCAGUACAUUUGCAUUAAUAAAAUAAUGCUAUGCUCUGAGGAUUCCAGGUUACUAAACUUUAUGGAGUAGAAUGAUUGGAAAGAUAGGAUGUGGGAGCUGAAAGGAACUUUAAAUAAACUAUGUCCUUAUUUUAAAGAGGAGGAAACCGGUCCCAGGGCCACUCAGUUUAGUAGUAACAGCAGAAUCAAAAUGUGGCAAUCAGACCUCUGUUUUCUUUUACCCUAAGUGGAGACCUGUACAAAUAAGAGUGCAUGUUAUCAGGAAGAUAAUAAAUUAAAAUACUUUGA